GUCAGGUCGGGGAGCCGGUCGGGUUCCCGCUCGCCGCCGCCGCCGCCGCCCCCCGCCGCCCCUCCCCCGCCUCCCCGGCCGCCGCGGCAGCUGCGCCCACUCUGCUUGGUCGUGGUGCCGCCGGUCCGUGAUGACCUAGUCCGGGGCACGACACGUCGAGCCCCCCGUCACCUCCUGCCGGGGCGACUCCUCCUGGGGCGACUCCUCCCGGGUCCCCCCUCGCCCUGCGCGGUCGCCGGAGCCCACGGCCGCGAGCGGCCCCACGGCCGCGGCCGGGCCUCUGCACCCCCCGCAGCCGCCGCCCCCCACCCGGAACAUGGACUCCGACUCCUGCGCCGCCGCCUUCCACCCGGAGGAGUACUCCCCCAGUUGCAAGAGGCGCAGGACUGUAGAGGACUUCAACAAGUUCUGCACCUUUGUUUUGGCCUAUGCUGGAUACAUCCCUUACCCAAAGGAGGAGCUCCCUUUGAGGAGCAGCCCCAGCCCUGCCAACAGCACUGCUGGCACCAUUGACAGUGAUGGCUGGGACACUGGUUUCACUGACAUCGCGUCCUCUGUGCCCUUGCCAGUGUCUGACCGCUGCUUCAGCCACCUGCAGCCCACCCUCUUGCAGCGAGCCAAGCCCAGUAACUUCUUGCUGGACAGAAAGAAGACGGACAAGCUGAAGAAGAAGAAGAAGAGAAAGCGCAGGGACAGUGAUGUGCCUGUGAAGGAGGGAUACAGAGGGGGACUGCUGAAGUUGGAAGCUGCAGAUCCAUAUGUGGAGUCCCCUACAAGUCCUACCCUGCAGGAUAUCCCUCAGGCUCCCAGCGACCCCUGCUCAGGCUGGGACUCCGACACUCCUUCAAGUGGCUCUUGUGCCACUGUGUCACCCGAUCAGGUCAAAGAAAUAAAAACUGAGGGCAAACGGACUAUUGUCCGGCAAGGAAAGCAGGUGGUGUUCCGAGAUGAGGACAGCACCGGCAACGAUGAGGACAUCAUGGUGGAUUCAGAUGAUGAUUCCUGGGACCUUGUCACCUGCUUCUGCAUGAAGCCAUUUGCUGGCCGCCCUAUGAUAGAGUGUAAUGAGUGCCACACCUGGAUUCACCUGUCCUGUGCGAAAAUCCGGAAGUCCAAUGUUCCAGAAGUGUUUGUCUGCCAAAAGUGCCGGGACUCCAAGUUUGACAUCCGCCGUUCCAACCGUUCCCGAAUGGGUUCCCGGAAGCUGUUCCUAGACUGACUGCGCUGGCGAGGAGACUCCAGGCGAGGGACUGGAAGGAAUUGGAGCUCUGUGGCCCUCCCUCAGUUGAGCACAGAACUCCCAGCUCUGGUACAGGCAGAUCCUGCCAUUCAGGUGCCUAAGCAAAAGGACAGGCUGUUCGAGGUAGAAACUGUACAUAGCCAGUGAGCGAAUAAAAUCUUUGUUGGCCAAAGCUGCUGCCAGAGCUGUGUUCUCUGCAGUGGAAGUGGACUAAACACCCAAGUAUGGUGGGUUUGGUUCAGCUGAAAGUGAGGGUAUGUGGUUGUUGUGAAUUUUUGCUAUCAUUGUUAACAAAUUCCCACUGUUGGAACAAGUGCUAGCUGUUAUUCCUGCUUCCACUGUUGGGGAGAGGAGAUGUUCGGUUUCCCCAGCCUGUAAACGAACAGCCAUAUGUGUACGUUUCUUCUUGAGUGUCAGUCUCUCACCGUAAGUGUCUGUACAGCAGCCAUCCAAGUGUCCCCUUCCCUGUGGCCUGCACUCAAUACCUGUUUCCAUGGCCCCUGCCAGUCCAGGGAGCUGCUGCUGGCGUCUUCUGAUGUCACCAAGAGGAGUUCUGGGGUGUCAGGUGAGCUUGUAAUUCUUUGGUUUCCCCGUUUGUUGAAGGGAUUAUAUGUGGUCACUGCUCUGUGGAAAGGGUUGCUUGGGGGGUGAGAUAGCCCACAUUCAUAACUUGGUUUCCUGUUUUGCACGAUGUGAAAAACCUGUCUUUGCACGAUUCAGCCAAAAGUAUUGGCCGAUUUCUCGCCUGGUGCCCUUCCUUUCUCUCCAGUUGGUGUACAAGGCACCUCAGGUGGCCCAGGCAAGCUGUUUUCAAGCAUGGGGAGUGCUUAGGUUUUCUAAUCUCUUCCUCUUACUUAUUCCAGUAGCAACCUAAAGAUUAGGCAAUUGCUAGGACAUGAAUGGUGUUCCUUUAAAUGAUGGGGUACCGAAAAACAGGAGGUCUCUCUUGUGGGGGAUUUAAGUAUGCCCUUUGAGACAGGCUGGCCUGCUGGUUCCACCAGGGCAAGGUUAGAAGGACUUGAGUCCUUUUGGUUUGCAUUGGUGAGUGAGUGAGUGGUACAGCAACACUGGUCUUUAGAAAUAUACUAUUGAGGGCUGGGGCUAUGGCUCAGUUGGUGGAGUGCUUGCCUUGCAUGCACAAGGCCCUG